AUGCUGUUGCGGCUUGUGCGCCAUAACCUGACACUCUCCAAGGUUUCCCUCCCUGCCAAGCGCCAGAUCGACCCCAACCUGAUCUAUGUCAUCCUGCUCCCCGUGACCACCGCCCGCCUGUACAUCUUUUGCCACCACCGCCCCCUGGUGCUCCACCUGUCCCAACAGCACAGCUAUCCGUGGAUUACUCGGGUCGAGCUGAAGGUGACGCUGCUUGCCUCCAAGGGAUGGAACAAAAUGGUCAAUCUGAAGGCGAAAAUCAAUGUUAAGAUUGUGUAUUGGGUGAAGAAGUUGUUGGCGACCAUUCCCUACCAGGAGCUGUGUCUCAAACUGUUCCCGCUGAAAAAGGAGAUGAUCAGAGUGAUCAAACCGUCUCAGACUCAGAUUGAGGCUGCGGAAGUGCCGGCGACUGCUAAUGAUGAGACUAAAGGCAUUCCUCUGGUUUCCGGUAAGGGGGCCGAAUACCACCGCCAAUUGCCACCAAAUAUUCUCCAGGGACUGCUUUCAGAGCUUAAUAUCCCUAAGGACCAUUUACAAGCUGUUCCCUUAUACCAUCCUAAGUUCCAGGAGCCGUGUACGAUCUUAGACCAGCUAUACAAGUUCCGGGACGACGCCUACAAAACCCAUAAAAAGCACGCGAUCAUGUGUGCUCUUGGUAUUCCCUUGACGCUUCCCAUGGCAGUGCUUCCAGUGGUACCAAACGUUCCUGGUUUCUACUUGGCCUACCGUCUUUAUUGCAACAUCAAGGCUCUCCAGGGCGUGAAAAACUUGGACUAUUUACUUGAGACGGACCACCCCAUCGACUUGAGCCACCCGAAAAAGCUGGUGUGUGAAGUGUUGACGGAUAACGACCUUGUGGCCGACACCACCCACUUGGAGUUCAAGGAGAUCCCUAACCUCGAUAAGAUCUACGCCCUCGCCAACGACGCCGAAGCGCUUUCGCGCCCCGUCCAGCGGGAAGAGGAGGUGAUUUUGACUCCCGAUAUCAUCGAUAUCUUAGUGGAACGCCUCGAGGUGCCCCAGUUGAAAGAGGAGUUGCUUAAAGCGGUGGCUCAGGAGCAGAAACGCUUGGACAAGCAGCUUAAAACCACCGACGAAGUGACGUAA